AUGCAGUGCCCCACAGCUGGUGAUUCUGGCGUUAUGGAUCCGCAACAAGCGCAACCGGCCGCCGACAAACCAAAAAAGAAGUUCCAGGUGGUCCCAGUUCCUGGAGAGUUCACGCGUGGGCGGUGGAAAGUGAUAGACACUCGAUUCGGGUCAGCCUUGGGAGGUGAGUGCAGUUUUUCGUUUUUUCGCCUAAUAUCUUUGUUUUAGAGUUUGGAAACUACCCACCAGAGGAUGAGUACAAAAUGCUAGUGUCGUGCAAGAAUAACGUGAUCACAGUCCGAAAGAAGUUUCCCCGUCCGUCUUCCGAAUCUUCUGCUCCAGCCGGAUCAGAUGAAGCAAACAGCAUUCGAGUUCUCGAAAAGAGUCAGCCACGGUGAGCGCAUGUUUUUAGCGGACAGAUGAGAAAUCACGUGUGCGCGCGAAGAUAUGGAAAGAGACGUCUCUCUGGAGAAUUGGAAUUGCUCGACGAGGAGAUGAAAGGCUCUGGGAAACGGGAAGAACUUUUGUUUCCGGAAAGACUUUUUUCGGACUAUUAUAGGCUACAUACUUCCUCUGAACAUCAAACAUCGCCUCGAAUGUGUACGCGAGUAGUAUGUUUGGGUUUAAGAGUGGUGACCCGAAUUUGAAAAGUCGCGCAUAAUACUUUCCACGUUUCCGAGUCGGGCAUCGGUUUCGUUUUUCAUCCUUUCUUCACAACACUCUGGCGACCUCGCCAAAUAUAGUAUGGUGGUCCAACUAUGCUCGGUACUUUCAGUAUCACUUUCUAUUGUGAAAAAUGAACAAGACACAUUUUGCUGAAAACAUUGGAAACGGAAAACAGAAAUAUCCAUUUGCUUUUCUAUUAUCGUCAAUUUGAAUGGUGUGGGUCUCUUCUUCAAAGUGUGAUGCCGGCCCAAACCAAAAAUGAAGGAAGAAAACUGAAAGCACGAAAACGAGUGGAUUUUUCUCUCACUCAGUCCCUAUCUCCUCCUUUUUCCCAUUCCCAUCACGAUUUCGAGCCAAUCCACACAACCUAGUUGCAUGUGAGAGCACAAGAAACGAUGGAAUUUUAUUUUGGCGUGUGGCGCGACUGCCAUGGUGGUCUGGGCUCUCGCGCCUCCGCCUGCCGGAGCUCGUCGUCGACCAGAAAAGCCGCCAUGCGAAAAAAGCAGCUGAGAGGACAGAAAAAUGUCUUCUUUCUUCUCCUUCUUCUUCUUUCUUUGCUUUUUUUGCUCGAAACUUUUUUUUUCUAUUCCUGGAAGGUUUCCAUGGUGUUCUUUUCGCACUUUCUCUUCCGGAUCCCACCGCCAAGUUUCGUUUCACAACAUCAACGACCCCUUUCCCAUCCAACCUUUUUGUUUUUAUACGCGUUCAAGGCAAGGCUCUCACUUUUCAACCUUUUCAUUUCUUCUUAGGCGCUUGCCGGUGUAAGACCAUCUAAUACAUAAUUCUAUAAUGGCAUUUGGUAGGAUAGUCGAGAGAAGCAUAGUAGUAUAGAGUCAAUAUUGGUGAGGCCCCCUCGAUGCCCGUCCUCGCGAGCAGCCGUUUUCGUUGCCUUCCUCAAUUCUCACGUUGUGAGAAGAGCGAGUGGAGACACGGGGGCAGUGUACCACGAAAUAAUCAAUUUUCGCAUUCUUCCUGUGCUCGAGAGUGUGCGAGAAAAUCACUCGCCCCAGUCCAUCUAUCCGUUUUUCAGUUUUGACCAACCCGCCCAGCCGUCGCUGACAAACAACAUUGAAAUUGUGAUUAUGGAUCCCGAAACGACUGCCGUGAUGGCUGAAAGCGGCAGAAUCAGUGCUGCAGAGACAGUCAUCAGUGAUGUGAGUUUGUUUUUAUUCUUGAGACUCGGUGGGUCCUGGGCCCAGACGUCAGUCGACACCAAGAGCUCUCAAUUGCCCUCCAACAGCUUAGCGGCGGCGCUCUUCAACUAAAACACUAAUGAUCAUCAAACAACAUAGUGUAUAGCCAACAUGUGGGUUGCGAUGGCUCUAAUGCAAUUGACUUCGGCUGUCUAUUGAGUUGUUCAAGUCUUUCCAGUUAGAAAUAACACUUUUUUGAGAUGUUCAUGUUCGAGAAAAAUCUUUUAUGUGAAGAUUUUGAAAAGUUGUAAGCGACAUUUCGUUACCAACGUGACCUACUUAGUGAUGAAUUAAAUAAAGUUAACGCAGGUAUCGGAAUAUUGGGUUGCAAAACGUUCGAGUCCUUGUAAACCUCACAAAAAUGAUCAUUCUUUUUGAAAUAUAGUAAAUCUCUCACAUAGUUACCGUAAAAGUAAAGCUAUAUUUAUACCUUAAAGUAUUAUUGUGGUUCUCCAAUUUCUGAUCGGAAACCACAGCGUAGAACGACGGAAAUUGAAUGUUUUUAAGCUAUCCGUCUAGAAAAUUGAUUUUUGCUUUAACUGUUCAUAGUCUGCAGACAAGAGUGGAAAAUAAUCUGAGUGAAAUAGUUCAUUGAUUAAUUUUAAUACUUAGUGAUCUUCAGUGAAUUUAUUAUCAUUUUGCUUCCCUUAAAAAUCCGUUCAUUAUGUUGGACCCAAGUCGAUCUGAAUCACACCUUUUGACGAAAUCAAAAUUACACCACUAGAGCGCGUUGUGAGAGCGAAGCCACCAGUUGUGACAAUGGUGCUUUUUGAUGUAAUGAAAGCUUCUUCUUAUCUUUUUGCAACUAUCAACUAUCAUCUUUCCAGGUUGUUGUGAACAAUAGCGACGAUUCGAGUAUGACAAAUCCGUCAUCGCGAUCCGCAGUGGCUGCUAUGUCUGGGGACGUGGCAAAACUCGAUGAGUCUUCGGCUAAGCUUGCGACUGCUACUAGCAACACAGUGGUCGCCAUCGACAACAAAAUUGUGCAGGCCAUGGACCUGGUGAAGACGCAUCUUACAUUCGCGGUCCGCGAGGAAGUCGAGACAUUGAGGACGACGAUCACUGAUUUGGAAUCGAGAGUAAUAAGACCUUACCGAUUCCCUGAAACUUUUUUUCCUUUCAGCUAAAUGCUCUCCGUGAGGAGAACCGUCUGCUUCGCGAGAAUGUGGCGCCGGAUGUGUUGGCAUUCAUCACGGCGAACAAACAGAUUUGCGAUUGA